GCUCGCUCACUCGUCUGCCUAUGUCCUUGCCUCCAUGCGCCCGCCUCCGCCUCCACCACUGCUGCCUCUGUGGCUGGCGCCUCCCUUGCCCACUGGCCAGCCAUGCCCUGGGCAUACCGAGGUCAUUCUGCCUCUUUCUGGACCGGCUCCGUGAUCUCAUCUCGUGUGCACCUGGGGUGGGGGGCGUCGCGCGCCUGGGACUCUGCUUGUCUCCCGAAGUUCAGACGUGGGCGGCGUCCGGCGCUCGUCCACGCCCGGUGGGUCUGCGUGGGCCUCGAUCUCCCCAUCCACCGGCGCCGUGGGCCGGCCACCCUUCUCGUGGCUCAUUCCUGCUUGCUUCGCUGCUCCCGCUCCGGUCCUCGCCUGCUCUCCCCACUGUGGGGACACAUUGGCGUGGGCCGGUCGGGUGCCUGGGCGCGAGAGGGACCGUGUUGCCCGGGUUGGUCAUCAGGCCUCUGGCCUGGUGGGAGGCGGGCCCCGCCCACUGGUUCCGUGCAUCCGCCGCCGCCACGUUACCGCCAGUGCGCGCAGAGAGAGCAACCUGCAAGGGUUGGACUAGGGGUGGGGGGAUACCGCACCCGCCGGGGCCGGUCUCAGGUACCUCUCCUCCCCCCUCCCUCUUGUGGGGGCUGUCCGCUCGGGCGCCAGCUUGCGUGACGCUUUGGCGUCCGUGCGCUGACGCUACUUGUCCCCGGGAUGUGGGAGCUGGCCGGUGUAGAGAGGUCGCAGGCCCCAGCCUGGGACCCCGGCGCCCUCUCGCUCUCCUCUUCGUCAGUCCGCCCGUGACCGCGCGCGCCCUCCUUUCCUCCUUCCCCUCUCGACCGCGACCUCAGAUCAGACAUGGCCACCCACUGAAUUUAAGCAUAUUAGUCAGCAGGGAAGAGCCCAUCGCCGAAUCUCCGCUGCCUGCCGUGGCAGGUGAAAUGUGGCAUACGGAAGACCCACUCCCCGGCGCCGCUCGUGGAGGGCCCAAGUCCUUCUGAUCGAGGCCCAGCCCUUGGACGGUGUGAGGCCGGUAGCGGGCCCAGGAGCGCCGGGCCCGGAUCUUCGCGAAGUUGGGUUGCUUGGGAAUGCAGCCCAAAGCGGGUGGUAAACUCCAUUUAAGGCUAAAUACCGGCAGGAGACCGAUAGCCAACAAGUACAGUAAGGAAAAGUUGAGAAGAACUUUGAAGAGAGAGUUAAAAGAGGGCGUGAAACUGUUAAGAGUGCUCUGGCUCAUGGCAAAUGACUGAAGAAAACCUUAGUUAGACUCACACCGAGCUGUUUGGAAAUGGUCAUGGAAUUGAUAGCACACCCUCAAGAGGAAGACUCCCUUUGCUCACUCCCAGCCUCGCCCUGACAGCUCUGGAUUUCUAAAUAACUCUGCAGGUGGAUAUUAUAAAACACACCUGAGGGCUGGAGAGAUGGCUCAGCGGUUAAGAGCAUCCGACCGCUCUUCCAGAGGUCAUGAGUUCAAUUCCCAGCAACCACAUGGUGGCUCACAACCAUCGGUAAAGAGAUCUGAUGCCCUCUUCUGGUGUAUCGGAAGACAGCUACAGUGUACUUAUAUAUAAUAAAUAAAUAAAUCUUUAAAAAAAAAACACACCUGAAUAGACCAGAAAAUAAAAAUAGGAGUAGAUGCAUUACAAGCAAUUCUAUAAAACCGUAUUUUGCAUACUUACCUUGUGAAGCACAGUUCAUAUUUCUGGGUUUGCCUGUUAUAUAAACAGCAUAGUUUGAUAUAAGGACAGUUUAGACUCUUUAAAUAGAAAAGUAAUAAGAGAGAUACAUCUCUUGAAAUAGUAUAGAGAAUUUGAUACUUUAUCACAUGAGAAUUAAAACUGAGCCACAUAGCCUUCAGCAGAGGAAAUGAGGGAGAAGUGUGUAUAUACCUUUUGCAGCACAGUCUCUGGAAUAAAACAAACAGGGACAUUUAAAUAAAUAAAUAGCAGUGUUUAAGACUGCAUUUCUCUUCCAAUAUUUGCAAUUACAUAGUCAAACAUUAUAUCUUGGAUUCAUAGAUCACUGUGUUAUCUAGGAUUGCAUGAUGAGAAUGGCAUAGUGGCAGUAUAGCAAAAUAACUGAUAGGAAAAGCGGAGCAGUCACCCCAUUAGGAUUCAUAUGAAUUGCAUUUCCUCCCUGCUGGCAACUAAGCAACAAUGGGUGAAACUGUACAAGUACCUCUGUAGUAAUUUGGUGUCUUGGGGUUAUGUCCCGAGGAUAUACAGCUGGAGCACAUGGUGUUCAAUUUAUUUUUAGUUUGUCUGAUUUAAAAUGUGAUUGCUGUUAGUAAACAUUUUUGGGAAGAUUGCUUGAAAUUUAUUUGCACUUUAUUAGAAAUUGUAGAAUCAUAUUUAUAAUUUGCAGUCCUGGGGGUACCGGUGGUUGUACAUGGGGAACAACUAAGUCAGCAAAUGAUUACGUCAGACAAUGCUGACGAAAAGAACAUGGGAUACCACAGUUACAGCUGCCUAAGAACUGAUAACCACAACCUAAGGGAAGAGUCUCUUCCCUCAACCUUGACUCCUUUAAGACAUUGGCUUCAGCAUCAGACAGGCCUUGACAAGUGUGAUCCUGGGUAAGGGCAUAGAACUAGUGUUCCAGUUAUUCUUUUGUCCAGGUCUUUCAGACAGCCUUGGGCAGUCCUGGCUCCCCACAUUAAUAGGUACUUCAUAGUAUUCAUAAGACUUUCCAGCUGGAUGUGACUUUUGAAUUUUCUUUCAUAAGCAGGGAAGUGUUAGAUCACAGUCCUGUCUAACUGGCUGCUUUCCUCAAACCUGCCAUCCCCUUUGUAACCUCUCAAUAUAAUUGAUAAGCAACAUAUUCUGUGGACUUGUAGUUUCUCUGUCCCUUUCAUCUGAUUCCCAGGCCCCAAAAACCUUUAAUGGUAACUCUGCCUCCACCUUUUUUCUUUCUGUGAUUCAUCUAUUAGUCUAGAUCACAAGGUAUAUAUCCUACACAAAAAAAUCAUAUGAUUGAGGAACACCAAAAUCCUAUAAUUUCUUAGAAAUUAAAAAUCCUCACUCUCCUAUCUUUGUCUUUAGUAUCCCAUCAUGGUUAUAUGUGGCUAUGAUGCAAUAAAUCACUUCAUAUUCAAGGACUUAAGCAUGUUUUCCCUUCAGGACACUCGACACACAAUAUAUGUGCUGCAGUAAAAAUAAAAACAACAAAACAAAACAAAAAACCCGACAGAACUGGUUCCCAGGUAUACCCUAGCUGUCUCAGUCCCUUAUUAUUUCUGGUGCCAUUGGAAAUAGCAAUAAUUUAUCUCAGUGGCUCCAUGCUGCCCCAUCUGCUUUCUGACACACUAUUCUUCCCAACACGGCACCCUGUCAGGCUGCUCCUCCCUCAUCCACAGCCCUCUUGGUUGGGUUUCCAUCACACCAGGCAUACACAUCCCAAUUCUUUGGUAGGCCCAUGCAUCUGGCCACCAUACACUCUCUUAAACUCAAUUAAGUUGCCUUAUGAAAGAACACAUCAAACAAUAUUUUCUGAUCCAAUUGAUAAGAUAUAAUUUGCCAAUCUAGACAGCACAAAAUCCUGUACACACCCAUCCCUUGAGAAUAGUCAUAACAACCUGUAAUAUGUACAGAGAGGCAUCUAAAAAUCUACUGCCAUGUUCUCUGUGCUCUCACAUUCUCACUCUGGCUUCCUCUGCCUCUCUAAAACUUUUCUCCCACCCAUCCUUCCUUCUUAUUCAAUGACAGGCCUGGUUCUAUCCUGUACCUCCCUUCCCUUAAUAACGACAUCAAUCUACUCUUUUACCCUUUUAAUUAAAAAAAAAACAGAAACUUUUUUCUCAAAUAUAAGUUGAGCACAACUAUUAUCAUUCUGUAAUUUAAAAGUAUAAGAUGUACCUAACACCCAGCCCAACUUUUAUCAGUUAAACAGAACAUUUAGUUAUAUAUUUUAGCUUUUAAAAGGCUUAAAAUCUGUUAUAUCCUGGCUAGCUCAUGUAUUAUCUGAUAACUAACUAAUUAAAUACGUAUUCUCAAAGUUAAAUAGUCUGAGUGGGUUAUAAGAUUAUACUAAGUUUUCAACCCUGCCAGUAAUCUGAGAAUGAGCCAUAUAUCUGUAAAUAUAGGAAGCCUAGCAUGGCUUCUAGAACUGAGACAGAUUAUAGAGACAAUUUUCUGUUUGCACAGUCCCCUGUGAGCAACACGUGAGAGCAAGUCUUCAGGCUUCUGGCCUAGGAUCAUCAGACAGACUUUUGAAACACUGAAUUUUGAAGGGCUAAUCAUUCUGGCUUGGCAGAAAUCUUCAGCCAACUUAUUCUGCAAUGUUUCCUUUUCUGGACAGUAAUUAGUCUGUAGAAGAAUUGGAGCAAUUUUUGCAUAGUGCCUGUCAGCCACAAUAAAUCACCUCACAUGGAGGUGGAGAUUUUCAAUUUCUUCUUUGAAUAUACCAAGGGGGAGCUGGUGGGAGCAGACAUGUCUCAGUAAAAGUUAACAUUAAAUGUCAUAUUUUGUGGACUUCCGGUGUUUUUUAGAAACCAUCUAACUAUAUAAGCAAUCUGGACUGUUGUCCAUUCAUUAUCUUAAUAAAUUAUCUUGAAAGCAUUCUAACAAUAAACUUAGAGACAUGAAUUUGCUAUUUGGCCUUAAACUCAUGAGCUUAAUCAUCUCAGCUUCAUUUUUUAAUAGCCGAAAAGGACUGGGUAUAAGCCAUCUAUGCUGAAAUGUGUUGUAUAGGCACAAUACUUGUACAUCAGAAUAACAAUAUUAAUUUUAAAUCAAUGAGAAAUUUAUAUUAAAGAAAAUCUAAAAAAUCUAAAUUUGUAUCAAAUAAAUUCUGUGCCAAUGUAAAAGAUCAUAAUUUUAGUUUAGUAGUAAAUAUAAAAAUAAUUAUGUACAGCUUGAAGAAACCAUUGAAGAGUUUUUGCCCCAAUUCCCUGAACUUUGGGGGACUAAAAGUAGUUAUUCUAAGGCUGUUUUUCUGAGGAAUUUAGAAAUGCUUAUAAUUUAACAGGGAGGAAUUAGCUCAAACUGAUUGUACAUAAUCUCAGUCUGUGAAAAACCUUGUAUUUAUUACUAAGCUAAAGUUAUAAUCUUUUACAUUUGAAAGUAUAUUAUAAUACAUUACAUUCUCUCCCAUGAUCUCUUACGAUGAUCUCUUAAACACUGAAGAAAAUUUGUACCUCUUUUAAACUCAUCUAUUAUUUCUAGCUUUAUGUUUAUAAGCUAUUUAGAAUUUCUCUAUAGAGAUAUUCUAUCUUCUGUUAAUUAAGUAAACAUUUGUCCUUUCAUAUUUUUCUUUAUUUUUUAUAUAAAGAAAUAUACUUGUAUGCACUCUACAUUCUCUUUACCAAAUCUCACCAGAUUUCCUAUAAUAUAUCUCCUGACCCCAUGUAUUCAUCUGUUUACUUUUUAGAUCUCAUCAAAGAAUCAGAAUCUAGUGUCACUCGUGAAGGGAAUCUAUUGAAGCACAAGCAAAUUACCAAGGCAAUACCCCCCCCCCCAAAAAGGAAUGAUUCUUCAUUCACCAGUAGCCAUCAAAUGUCAAAAGCCCCACAAUAUGGCAUUGGCAAGGGUUGGUCACCCCAUCGAAGCCCUGACUCUAGCUGGCUUGAUCAUGUGAAAGUAUUGUGUUAACACAGGUGCUGUGGGUUCAUGAGCGUGAUAACCAUGAGCUGUCCAGAGGACAGCUUUUCAUUCUCUGUACCUAACAGCUAUCACAAUUUUCUUGAUACAAUAGAGAUCAAUUCAAUGUUCAUUGCAAGAAGGCAGGAACAUACUCAUCUAAUUAUGAUGGAGAUGUUAUUAAAAUUUUUUAUUUAUGUAAAUGCCUUUUAUUUAUGUAAACUUCCAGAAAAUUUUAUUUCUGUUUGCGGUCUGAAACAUCUUCCUCUCAUUCAUAACAAACAAAAUGAUAGUUCUAACUUUUGAAAUGACAUUAUAAUAUAAUGUAUAUGUAUCAAACUUUUCUAAAUUUGUGUGCAUAUGUAUCCCAUUUUUAAGAGUAUUAAGCUUUUUCUUAAUGUUUUCUAGCUGUAUUAAUACGAUCAUAAGAUUUUCUUUUUAAGUAAAAUAACUUAUGCAUUAUUUAACUAACGAAAGUCUUAAUUUUAUAUCUCAAAUAUUAUUUUCUAUUGCAUAUAUAGAUGAAUUUUAGUUGUUAACAUUUGGUUGAUCAAUUAGUUCCUUGUUUAUUAAAUUGUAAAUUUAUACUUUUGUGUUGAAACUAACUUUUGUAAAGUUUGCAUACAUAAUUUUCAUAUUUAUUCAGUUGAUAUCACGUGAUUCAUAAAAUUCUUUCUCUUCAAAUAACUACAACAUAGAUUUUGAUUAGUAUAAUGAACAAAGACUAUUAAAUGCACCUGUAGAAAUUAUUGAAUUGAAUAUUGAUUUGAAUAACUAUAGAGAGUAAUUUGAUAUUAAAUACUGGGUAGGAGUGUGGGACUGCAUUUUAACUAUCUGAAUUAUGCUGUUUCAAGGUUAUGUUAAAUGACUAUUUUUAUAGAUAUGUAGAGUAUUAACAUGACUUACAUUCAAAUCA